UAUAUUAAAAAGAACACAUAUAUUCCCUCUCAUUAACUUAUGACAACGGCAGCUUUCAUGGACAUUGUUUCAAAUUCAAUACUCAUAUCCACUUUAUUUCUGGUUCUUGGUUUGCUUUAUUAUUAUUAUUAUUAUAUCUAUGAUCGACAAAAGACUAAUCACCAUGGGAAGAAGAAGAAGUAUCAUCCCACUGGUGCCACUCUACUUGGUGUACUCAUCAACUAUAACACGGGGCAUCAUUUCUUGACGGAUCUCGCGGCAAAAUACAAAACUUAUAGAAUUGCUAUCCCUUUCCAACGCCAGGUCCUUACUAGUGAUCCUAAGAAUGUGGAGUAUAUCCUCAAGACCAACUUCAAAAACUAUGGCAAAGGAAAGCAUUUUUGUGACAUCAUGAAGGAUCUAUUGGGUGAUGGAAUAUUUGCAGUCGAUGGGGACCAAUGGCGAGAGCAAAGAAAGAUAACAAGUCAUGUGUUGGCUUCAAAAGUCUUGAAAGAUUAUAGCAGCGAAAUCUUCAGAAACAACACAUUCAAACUUCGGAACAUAUUGUCGGAAGCAGCAAAUACCAACCAAACUGUCGAUAUAAAUGAUUUGUUGAUGAAGGCAACAAUGGAUUCGUUAUUUAAAGUUGCUUUUGGAGUUGAUCUUGACAACAUGAGCAAUUCGACGGAAGAAAGCGCUAAGUUCACUCGUGCUUUUGAUGAUGCCAACACUUUGAUAAUUCGUAGACUUGUUGACAUAACAUGGAAAAUCAAGAAGUUUUUGAAUAUUGGCUCUGAGGCCGAGUUAACUCGAAAUAUGAAAGUGAUUGAUGAGUUUGUUUACAAGGUCAUCCAGCUUAAGAUUCAGCAAACGCAUAACUUGAAAGAUGAAAGUAGUACUACUUCGUUGAUGAAGAAGAACGACAUUCUAUCAACGUUUGUGGAGAGCAACGAGCAAGAUCCAAAGUACUUACGAGAUAUAAUACUAAACUACGUGCUAGCCGGUAAAGAUCCUAUAGCUAUUGCUAUGGUUUGGUUCAUUUACAUGCUUUGCAAACAUCCUGAAAUUCAAGAAAAGGUUGCUAGAGAUAUUAAAACAGCAGCUGUAAACAUGGAUGAAGAAGAAGAGAUCACAAAUAUUGCGGAUUUUGAUGCUCGUGUGAGUGAGGCUGCGCUUGAGAAGAUGCAAUAUCUUCAUGCGGCUUUGUCAGAGACGAUCAGGCUCUAUCCUCCAUUGCCAUUGGAUGUAAAGACAUGCUUUUCAGAUGAUGUUCUACCGGAUGGUUAUAAUGUACAAAAAGGGGACAAUGUGCUUUACCUGCCAUAUGCAAUGGGAAAAAUGAAGUUCAUAUGGGGUGAUGACGCACUUGAGUUUAAACCGGAAAGAUGGCUUGAUCAAGAUGGUUGCUUCCAUCCAGAGAGCCCCUAUAAAUUUACAGCUUUUCAGGGAGGACCGCGAAUCUGUUUAGGCCGAGAUUUUGCAUAUAGGCAACUGAAGACAUUCUCUGCGCUUUUGAUAGGUUGCUUCGUGUUCAGGUUGAGCAAUGAAAACAAUGUUAGAACAUAUAGACCUUCGAUUAACUUGCACGUGGACGGUCCACUGCAAAUUUGCGUUUUCAAUAGAUUCAUGUUACAUAAGCCUUAACAUGAGUUAAUUGCUUCAAUAUAUAUUAAUAAAUCUUAAGUAUGUACUGUACUCGUACAUAUAUAUUUUUGCAUCGUUUAAUUCGUCCCUUUUUAUUUGCA